GCCGCGGAGGAUUGUGGGAGGAGGUUGUCUCCAAUUUCUCCUCCCCCUCCCCCUUUCCCGGCCAAGAUGUCUGACAUGGAAGAUGAUUUCAUGUGCGAUGAUGAAGAGGACUACGACCUGGAAUACUCUGAAGAUAGUAACUCCGAGCCAAAUGUGGAUUUGGAAAAUCAAUACUAUAAUUCCAAAGCAUUAAAGGAAGAUGACCCAAAAGCAGCAUUAAGCAGUUUCCAGAAGGUUUUGGAACUUGAAGGUGAAAAGGGAGAAUGGGGAUUUAAAGCACUGAAACAAAUGAUUAAGAUUAACUUCAAGUUGACAAACUUUCCAGAAAUGAUGAACAGAUAUAAACAACUAUUGACCUAUAUUCGAAGUGCAGUCACAAGAAAUUAUUCUGAAAAAUCCAUUAAUUCUAUUCUUGAUUAUAUCUCCACUUCUAAACAGAAUUCUGAUUUUUUAUGUCAGAUGGAUUUACUGCAGGAAUUCUAUGAAACAACACUGGAAGCUUUAAAAGAUGCUAAGAAUGAUAGACUGUGGUUUAAGACAAACACAAAGCUUGGAAAACUAUAUUUAGAACGGGAGGAAUAUGGAAAGCUUCAAAAAAUUUUACGCCAGUUACAUCAGUCCUGCCAGACUGAUGAUGGAGAAGAUGACCUGAAAAAGGGUACACAGUUAUUAGAAAUAUAUGCUUUGGAAAUUCAAAUGUACACAGCACAGAAAAAUAACAAAAAACUUAAAGCACUCUAUGAACAGUCACUUCACAUCAAGUCUGCCAUCCCACAUCCACUGAUCAUGGGCGUCAUCAGAGAAUGUGGUGGUAAAAUGCACUUGAGAGAAGGUGAAUUUGAAAAGGCACACACUGAUUUUUUUGAAGCCUUCAAGAAUUAUGAUGAAUCAGGAAGUCCAAGGCGAACUACUUGCUUAAAAUAUUUGGUCUUAGCAAAUAUGCUAAUGAAAUCAGGAAUAAAUCCAUUUGACUCCCAGGAGGCCAAACCAUACAAAAAUGAUCCAGAAAUUCUUGCAAUGACGAAUUUAGUAAGUGCCUAUCAGAAUAAUGACAUCACUGAAUUUGAAAAGAUUCUGAAAACAAAUCACAGCAACAUCAUGGAUGAUCCUUUCAUAAGGGAACACAUUGAAGAGCUUUUGAGAAAUAUCAGAACACAAGUGCUCAUAAAAUUAAUUAAGCCUUACACAAGAAUACAUAUUCCUUUUAUUUCUAAGGAGUUAAACAUAGAUGUAGCUGACGUGGAGAGCUUGCUGGUGCAGUGCAUAUUGGAUAACACUAUUCAUGGCCGAAUUGAUCAAGUCAACCAACUCCUUGAACUAGAUCAUCAGAAGAGGGGUGGUGCCCGAUAUACUGCACUAGAUAAAUGGACCAACCAACUAAAUUCUCUCAACCAGGCUGUAGUCAGUAAACUGGCUUAACAGAGAACAAGCUUUUACAGACAUACUUAAGGCAACAGUGCAGAGAUGUAAUUCUUAAAAGAACUGGGAAUGGCAAAACUACUGUCGGUUGAUGUGUCCUGAAAAUUAUUGGAGUUAAUGGCAGAAGUGCUUUUUUUGAUCAACUGGUUUGUGUUUUGCUGCUGCAUUUAUCCCAAGAAAAACAGCUUUAAUCUCCAGAAGAAAACCAAAAUGCCAUGGGAUUUAUGCUGUAUUGACAUCUUGCCCUAAACAUACAACAUCAUAGUAAUUUGUCAUGGGCAACAUGACCAGAGAGAAGAUUUUUGUCAUGAUUUUAAAUACACUGACACGCUACUGUUGGUUAAAUUUAAACAUGUUUUACCUACAGAAAUUCUCUCACAAAUAACCUGCAAUAACUUGAAAUGCAUACCCUUUUGAACACUUCCUUUUCUCAUGUAUAAAUUAAAACGUUUGCUGCAUUUUGCAAAAUGUCAAUUCUCCACAAAUGUGUCCGUAUAUUUCUGUACCUGCAGUGUAGUAAAGGUUUAGAUGAAACCCCAUAAUUAUAGUGGCAUACUGUCACUUAGGUUUCAAGCAGCAAAAUAAACAGUGCAGCUCAGAAAUUGUAGUUUGGUUCUUGAUGUGUUUUUAUUACACUUGGGGUUUUUGUUUUGUUUUUUAGUACCUUAGAACUUUCAAAUUUUAUCUUUAGUUAACAAUUUUUAAAAGCCUGGGAGCAAAUAAGUUAGUUAUUUGCUUUCAAGUUUUUAAAAUAAGUCUUUAUUGAUAAAGUAAGUAAAACUAGUUUCUAACAAAAUACUUCCAUAUUACUUUUAACUUUGAUGCUUUAAAGGAAUAAAUUUGUUUUAGGAAUGAUAAUCCUUUUUAAAAUAAUAAAUUCUAACUCUCAGAAUGUUCACUUUAAACAAAUAUGCCAGAACAUAGACAGCUAAAUGAAUGUUACACUGCAUAGUGAUUAUGCUGGAAAAUUAUUUCCUAAUUCCAGCAAUUUAUCACUGCUCAAAAUCUUGGGUUUUGCUCUUUUAGAAUUGCAUUCAUAGCUAAUUUAAGUCACACAAGCUAUUAACUUUAUGGUUACACAUUGUUUUAAAAGAAAAGUACUCCCAAGCUUGAUUGUCUUAUAGUUACCAUUAUUUGGCACCAAAUGACUUUUAACAGUUUGCAAAAAAAUAAAUCCAUCUUUGAGGUAAUCCACAAAGGGUACAGUUGGCUUUGGAGGCAAUCCCAAAAGAGUUUUUAAAGAUACUUUGAGCAGUGGUAGCAUAGUUAAGAAAAUGAACUGUGUGUGGCCUUCCAAGGUGACAACCUUAAAGGAGACGCAGCUCAUUUGAAUGUAUUGAGUUUUGGAUGUAUUUGUUUCAUUUAAAAAAAAAGUUCACAUUAUUUUAUAGUGUCAAAAGGAAGAACUAAGAUUAAGAUAAUUUCUUUGGUUUUUCUAUUGCUUGUUAUUAUGUAAAAAGAAGUGAGUGGCAGUUCAGAAGGAAGACUGUUUGUUGUAACUGAAGAAUGGCAACCAAGAAUUUUCGAUCAUUAAAUCAAAUUUUAUAAACAGUGGAAGGAGCAUGGACUUAAAACAAGGCAUGCUUAUUCGGUUUUGUCAAAAUUUUACGAAAAUAUGUGAUAUAUAUUUAUACUAAAACUAUAUAAUCCUUAGAUUUAGGAAAGCAAUCAGUUAAUGUCUUCAGAUUAAAGCAGUAUUAAAUAACAGGUACAAGUUGGAAAUUGUAGAAAACAAAAGACAAAAUGUCUUUGGUAGGGAAUAAAAAAGUUUAAGAUACAAAA